AUGGCUACUCCAGAGGCACAUGGGUUUGUCCAAACUUGGAGCAAAAGGACUGGUAGGAGCAGCCAGAAAGAAGCAUUGAUUCAAAUGGUGGAAAGAGAAGAGGAUAGGUUAUUGGAAAAUCCAUGUGGCAAGAGGAAAAGAAUGCUCUCAUCUAAUCUAGAGAUGCAUGAGGACUUGCUGAAAGAGAAUAACCCUGUACUAAAAGCAAGAAAGAAUAAGAAGAAAUCCAAGGCAGAUCGCUUAAAGUGUGUCAGAAGCAAUGGAAUGGAACCAUUGAGUUUAGAAGAUGUAGAAGACUAUAUUAAAUCAGAACAUGGACAUCCAUUCAACAGCAGCUCUCCUGGAAAUCCAGACCUAGGUGAAAAUGUUCUUUCAACCCAGCAUAUCUCCAUCAAAAGAAGUAGCCCAAAUGAGCCAGGACUAAAGGAACCCCAGGUACCUGUUAACUCUUACCAAGAGCAACAACUGCAGGGCUUCCCCAACCUGGGAAAUACCUGUUACAUGAAUGUGAUUUUACAAUCAUUAUUUGCAGUUCCAUCAUUUGCUGAUGACUUACUCAACCAAGGAAUCCCAUGGGAGAAUGUUCCCUUAGAUGCUCUUAUCAUGAGCUUGAGCAAGUUGCUUGUUUUGAAGGAUCUUUGUAACUUAGAGACCAAGGUAGAGUUGCUUGUGGAUGUUAAAAACUCUGUUUCUGCAGUGGCAGCAAUAUUCUCCAGCAACAUGGAGAACGAUGCUCAUGAGUUUUUAAGCCAAUGUUUAGAUCAGAUGAAAGAAGACAUGGCAAAACUAAACAUCACUUGGAAGACAGAGAGGGCAACUGGUGAAAUUUCUCACCCACAGAUUCCUGCUGCUAAUGCUGCCACCAAAGUGUUUAUUUGUCCUGUGGUCGCAAAUUUUGAGUUUGAGUUACAGCGCUCCAUCAUCUGUAAAGCCUGUGGUGAGGUUGUUUGCAAGACAGAACUGAGCAAUUAUCUCUCCAUCAACCUUUCCCAAGAAACACAGCCGCUGCCUUUGUCCAUUCAAUAUUCUUUUGAUCUUUUCUUUGGAGCAGAAGAACUUGAGCAUAAGUGUGAGAAAUGUGAGCACAAGUGUUCUGUUGCAAUGCACACAUUCAGCAGGUUACCCAGGGUCCUUAUUGUUCAUCUGAAACGCUAUAUCUUUAAUGAUAUUUUGUUGCCUGUGAAGGACGACCAGGAAGUUGAUAUUCCCAAAUAUUUAAGGUUAUCCUCCCAUUGCAAUGAAAACACCAAACCACCUUUUCCUUUGGGCAGCAACGCAUAUAUUGAGGACUUGCAAGUCCUGAGAGGGUCUGAAGGCAUGAUUCCUGGGCCCAUCACAUGGGCCUCUCCAGUGAUGUUGUCAUCAGUGUCCAAAGAUUCCCUGGUUCCACAGAUUGGCCCAAACAAGGACAUUGAACCACAAAAAUGCCAGAGACUCUCUGAAGAGUCAAGCCAAGAACAGCAGCAGAGAGAUCAAGGAAAUGGCUCCAAAUUAAAUACAACAGAGUCUGGCUUGUUUCACCCAAGAGAUGGGGCAGCCAGUGAGAAAGACCAGCCAGCAGCUGACUUAAUGAUUGGUCAGGAGGACAAUUCUCUUUCAAUGAUCUGUGACUUUGGAGAUCAACCCAUUAGCAGCCUGUUCUCAAGUCUUAUAGAAGCUGUUCUUCAAGAGAUGACUGAAAGCCCAGAACUGAAGACACACGAGACAAACAACACAUCUAAAAAGGUAGAUUCUGAUAGAAUCACUCAAUCUACUGGAGAUCUUCAUGAGAAUAAAGAAAAUAGGAUUCUAGAAGGAUCUCAAGGAACAGUUGAGCAGCUCCAGCAGUGUGAUAGGAAGAGGAUCUCCAAGGAAGUCGUUCAACAGGUACCCCCUCAAAGCCUCAGGAAGCCACACGCCCAGGAACACACAGAGGACCUCAGCAGUGCUACAGAGUCAGAUCGGCAGGAGGCUAGCCUGAAUUCCCCCAGAGCAUUGGGUUCUGGUGAGAACCCUGGAAACAAAGACAUCUCAGGUAUGGAGAACAUGGAAACUGGAGCCAGGGAACCAGGAGGCAAUGCCACAGUGAAGGACCCUCCUCAUGCCUACAGGCUCAUCAGUGUCGUCAGCCAUAAGGGGAAGUCCCUAGACACAGGUCACUAUGUCAGCGACGUCUUUGACUUUGUGAAGCAGGCCUGGUUCAUGUUCAGUGACCUCUGGGUCUUGCCGAUCGAAGAGGCCACAGUGCAGAAGGCCAGGAGCCACAGCGGGUACAUCUUCUUCUACAUGCACAAUGACAUCUUCAAGGAGCUGUUGAGAAGAGCAGAGACUUCCCAGUCACCGAACACGGAGUCCUUGGAGAGCGUCCUUCAGAUGGAGUGA